GUGGCAGAGUUGGGUCAGGUGGAGGGGCGUGGCCAGAGCGGUGGGGGCGUGGUCACGCAGGCAUCGGCUCCUCCUCCCUUUCCAGCGUCUUCAUUCAUUUCUUCCUUCAUUUCGGGAGCGCCUCGAGCCCACGACCCGGGACCGUGGCUGCAGGCGGCGCGAUGAGCUGCGGAGACCUUUUCCAGGUGUUCAGCACGCGGGCGAUGGUGCCCCGAGCCACCUCCGUCGAUCGGGCCAUGAGGCUUUGCCUGAGCCACACCCCUCCCAUUCGCAAGCUGCUGGAUUCCUACGAGGAGCUGCGGGAGGGUCUUGGGCACCAGCCUUUACGCCCUUGCCUGAACAACUGCCUGGAAGGCGAGAGGCGAGACGCCAUCAAGGGUUGCCGUGGCAAGAAAAAGAAGAAGGUGGUCUUUGCCGACAUGAAGGGCUUUUCGCUCACUGCUGUCCGGAUCUUCUCCAAGAUUGAGGAGGACCUGUGUGAUUUGCACCAAGCUCUGUCUCACCUGACCAACUUCCGGAACAAGCUACGUGGCUCCCGUCCUGAGACGAAAAAAUACAUGCUGGAUUUUCCCCAACCUUCUGCUGAUUAUUUAGCCUUUCGCAACCGCUUGCAAAGCAGCUGUGUGUCUCUGGAGAACUGUGUGAUCCAGGAAAAGUCCCUUUCAGGGACCAUCAAAGUCAGAAACAUCGGCUUUGAGAAGAAAGUGUACAUCCGCAUCACCUUUGAUUCAUGGAGGAGCUUCCGCGAUGUCUGUUGCCAGUACAUGCCCAACACAUACGGCCUCACCGACACGGAUGUCUUCUCCUUUGAGGUGGCCCUACCAAAGGCACCAGCUCCUUGCGGGAAUAUUGAGUUCUGUGUUUCCUUCCACUGUGGCCAGAAAGUCUAUUGGGACAACAACCACGGGAAGAAUUACAGAAUCCGCCCCGUAAUGGGUCCUUCCCCUCCCAAUGCACUCUCCCGUCUGGCAAAGGGCACCUUCACGGCUGGCGAGCCCCUGGGCACCUCUCGUGCUGCCGCUCUGGUCCUCUCUCGCUUGCACACCUGGAGGCGCUCUGAUGACCAAGCCUACUGGUAGGGAUGCUUUGGAUUGAGCUCUCUCGGCUGAGCUCCAGAUCAUGACUCUGACCCAUUGCUCUCCUGGCGGCUCUUACAAAGACUGUUCUGUGGCCGAUGCCACAUGCCGAGUCUAUACUUUGGCAGUGUGCAGUUUGAUCUUCAUUUGCAACCAAGCCAUAAGCUCUUGAGGUUCAUGGCAGAAUUGGGGUUGGCUGCACCAGAGAGACUUUGACGGCCAGAAGCUGGCCAAAUCGGAGGUGCAGGUCAAGGAGAAAGCAGGCUCUCCCAAUUAUUCCACUGCAGAUGGGAAAUGGACGGUUAUCUGGGAGGAGGCUUGCCUGGUUUCAUCAGCAUGGAUUAGAAAAACUGCCUAGGACCGUCAUAGCGCCAUAUUGGUUCUUCGCCCUGCAGGUCAUUCUUAGAUCAGGGGUGGGGGAGCUUUUUCCUGCACAAGGGCCUUGUUCCCUUCCAGGGAACUUUCCAGGGUCUACAUGCCAUUGGUGUCUGGGGCCAGAAGUGCAACAAAAUGUCCCAAUUUCUACAUACCCUCAUACAACUCCCUCUGUUUUCCAUCCAUUGUCAUUGCUGCCCUGGGCUCCUUUGGGAGCAAGGGCGGAAUGUAAAUUUAAUAAAUUAUUAUUAAUAAUAUCAAGCAAGUUCAAGGACACAUUCCAGCCAGGCAACAACCCUCAAAGACGGACAAUAGUGGGUGGGGAGAGGGGUUCUGACCUGCAGAGAAUCCUGAAGGUCAGAAUGAGAGGCUGGGAAGGCCAUGUUUUGGCCCUGGCCCAGAGAUUCUUUGCCCCUGACUUCUGUCUGCCUCUCUCUCACAUACACAGACAACCCUGACUCCCCAUAUUGCAAUAAAGGUACUGACCUACCUGACCGGGUGGUUGUAAGGAUUAUGCACGUGAAGAGCUUUGCACGUCUAAUAUCUCCAACCCUACAUGCACCUACCGGAGAGUAAGUCCCUUUGGCAGGACUGACAUCAGGAGUAAAUGUGCAUAGGAUCUUGUGCUGCACAAUGCUGAUGUAAAUGUCAAAUUGUUCAUUAAAUAUUGUUCCUGUGUAGACCCUGAGUAAUGCUGCCGGUCUGGCAACUGCAACCCAUCUCCUUUUCCCUUGAAGUGAGCAAAGGUUUAGGAGGUGCUUCUAAGCCGUCCUGGGAAGGUGUGCCUUGCUCUCCAUGUGGCCCUGGCUGGAUUUGAGCCCCAGUGGCUGGAGGUGCAGCUGAAAGCCCACAAACUGGGGGGUAGCCAGGUGUGAUGGCAGCAGGUCUCUGUGUUACAACCUGUGUCUUCUGAGAAAGUGGGGGGCAGGAAAGUGGUGUAGGCAAAGGAGCAGUGGCCGAGAAAGGGGUCUGAGCCCUUCCCCUGCUUGCUGCAAGCACUGGUGCCAGCGGUCAGUACCAAGCAGGGGCCACACUGCCAAUCUCAGAAGCCUCCUCCCUUGCUUCUCCUCCUUACUUUUGGUGCCUCUUUACCUACCUUAACCCAGGGAGUGAGCAGCUAUGGCAGAGGGGAGGAGAAAGCAUGGGAAACAUCUGUGUGGCUUUGCCUUUCUCCUCCUCUCUGAGAGGUGAAGCUGACUGGAUCCAGAGGGAAGGAUCCCAGCUCAGUGAUAACAGCAUCUGCUCCAGGUUAAACCCCUGCCAUACCCUGGUGCAGCUGGGAAGUGGCUCCUGCCUGCAACCCUGGGAAGCUGCUACCAGUCAUUGUAGACCAGUGCUUCCCAAACGCGGGUCUCCAGCUUGUUUUUGGACUGCAACUCCCAUCAUCCCUAGCUAGAAGACCAUUGGUCAGGGCUGAUGGGAAUUGUCCAAAAGCAGCUGGUGACCCAAGUUUGGGAAACACUGUAUGUAGACAAUAACAAGCUAGAUGGACCACUGAGUUAUCUAUGCCCCUUCUGCAAGGAAGCCCUCGAGUAAGGCAGAAGGCAAAAUCCUCUGUACCUGCUAUGAUCCUGCCACCUCUGCUGAAGUACUCUCCUUACCUUAUGGUGCCACUAUUAUGACCUCCCUAGUGGUGCAGCAAUAAAGCUGCUAGCUAAGCAAGGUCCAGUAUGGUUUUGCAUUGGAUGGGGGGCCAUGUGUUGAGAUUCUUGCAUUGCCGGGGUCCCUUCCAACUCUACAAAUCCAGGGUUCUGACUUGUCUGUGAGGAAAGGGUACAUUUGUGGCUGUUUAGUUGAGAAACAAGGCAAGCAUAGAGAGAGAGAGAGAUUUAAAUCUUUCAUAUCCCACUCUUCCAGCCCAAAAGUUCCCAGAGUGGCUCAAGGAUUGUCAUUUCAUAGAAUUGCAAAGAGUGGGUUUUCACAGGGAAAGCACAGAGGCAAAAAACAACAACAAAGCACUCUGACAGGGAGCUUUAAAGCACAGACCUGUGCCAUGAAACACAGCACAAGAGAAAGUCUGAAUAAGCCAUCCCUCUGUGAUUUGGCAUUUAUUCGUGGUGCUUAGAAAGAAGUCGUUCAUCCCUCUCUCGCUUUACUAGAACCUGGGAUCAUCCAGGCAGGCUCUGUGCUAAACAUGUUCUCUGUAGGUGACUGCAUAAGGCAAGUUGGCGAAUGCUGGCAAAAGGAACUUUCCAAAAUGAUGAGGCUGUUUCAGAUUCUUGCUCUUUUGUGGGUGGGCUUCUCUUGCACACCAACAAGUUCAGGUUGUGCAACUGCAGUUGAGUUGGAGUUCUUGCGCAGCAAACCCACUCCCUGCAGCCAUAGAUUUUUGUGCUAAGAAAAGUGUUGGGGACAUGCACUGGAAGGUAUAGAUGUAACAUCUCCCCACAAACAAAUCAGAAUGAUUGCUCUCUAAGCAGCAUACAUUGUACAACCUCCCCACAGAUUUGUGGAAGCAAAUCAGGAUGAAUGCUCAAUAAACAGGUUGGCAGUGA